CGACCAUGCUGACCAUGCUCGUCUCUCCAGUCCUGCCGGGGCUCCAGGGGCGGCUGCCCGCGGCCCCCGCGCGACGCCAGGACUCCUCGGAUUCGUCAGGCUCCUACUACACGGCUCCAGGCUCUCCAGAGCCCCCGGACGUUGGGCCGGACGCGGAGGGACGGGCGAGCUGGCUCAGGGUGGCCCUUGCGCCGGGGGCGGGAGCGCAGCCUCGCCUGUCAGUCAGCGCCCAGAAUAGCCGCCAGCAACACUGGCAGGUCUCGGGUUUCCCGCGAGGCCCGGGCUCCGGCCCGCAGCCACCCCAGCCCAAGCUGCGCACGCUGCCGUCGGGGGAGAUGGAAGUCAUCUUCAACGCCGGGCCCCUGUUCAGCCCCUCCGACGUGGCUGAUCCCGAGGUGCAACAGCUUACCGCGCGGGCCUUCCGCAGCCUCUCGCCGCCCGAGCCGGCGACUCCUGCCCCCGACCCACCGCAGCCCCAGGCCCCCGACGGUGGCGCCCGCUGGGCCACCUACCUGGAGCUGAGGCCCCGCGGGCCAAGCCCCACCGCACCAGCACAGUUCGAGUGUGUGGAGGUGGCGCUGGAGGAGCGCGCCGCGCCUGCCAGGCCCCGGACGGUGCCCAAGCGUCAGAUAGAGCUACGACCUCGGCCCCAGAGUCCCCCGCGGGCGGCCAGCACGCAGCGCCCCCCGCUGCUCCUGCGCACUGGCUCCCUGGACGAGUCACUGGGUCGCCUGCAGGCUGCCGCAGACCUCGUGCAGACAGCGCUAGCUAGAAAACUGAGCCCGGCGCCCCCAGCCCUGAGUAGCACCACCUCCAGGCCCACAGGGCAGCCAGAGCCUGCAACCCGGGAACCAGCCCGCGGCGCUCGAGUCCCCUUGGAAGAGGCCAGAUCUCGGCCACCCCGCGUGUAUAAUGGUCCUGCCCCAGCCAGGGCCCCACGACCGUGGCCCAGCCUCCGCGAGCGCGCGAUUCGGCGCGACAAACCCACUCCCGGGACUGAGCCGCUGGGUCCUGUUAGCUCCAGCAUCUUCCUGCAGUCAGAGGAAAAGAACCAGGAGGCGCACAACCGGGAAUCCAAGGCUCAGUUUCCGCGGGAGACUCUGGCUCCGGCACGGAAUCCGUCCUUCCAGGCUAGGGCCCCCUGGGCGGUGAAGCCGAGGAGCCCGUCCCCGCCGUGGGAGGCUCCAAAUGAGGCCCUAAGGAGUCCUCGCUGCCCGCCUCGCCAGGCCCUGUCCCCUUGGGAUCGGGCUGUCGGGAGGGUGAGGAGCCCUCCGGUUCCCGAAGCUUCUUCCACACCGGAAAAUCGGAAUCCGGCGGUCGAGGAAACGGUCAGCAGAAGGAGCCCUUCCCCUCCGACUAUUUCCCAGUGGAAUCCGAGUGUUGCCAGGGCAAGAAGCCCAUCCCUCGAAGCUCCUUCCCGGUGGGAGGUUCCACAUCCGGCCAUCCGGGAUACGGUAGCAGAGAGUGGGAGCCCGUCCCCGCCGGCCUUGCCUCCAUGGGAGGCUCCAGAUCGUCCUAUCGAGGGGCUGUGGAGCCCAUCGCCCCAUGAGACGUGGGAUCCCACGGUGCAGCCAGAAGCUCUGAAUGGAGUAGCUCACGAGGAGGAGCAGGCACUGUCUACACCAUCUACACCCGGGACUCCGGAGCUAACAAAGGCACAAAGUCCGUCCACGCAGGAGAUUCUGGAUCUUACCUUUCGAGAUAGCCAGCCAUCCCCAGAGUUGGCUAUACCCGAGCCGCCCAGCAGUCUACUCGUGAGCGCCCUGGAAGCCGACGCGCGCCCGGAAGCCUUGGGCCCUGAGGAAGCAGCCUCAGGGCGCCAGCGCGUAGCCAUUCCGCGGCCCCGUGAUGUGCGCAAGAUGGUGAAGACCACUUACGCACCAAGCUUCCCGGCAAGAACCUCAGGCUCAGGGCCGCCUGUGUCACUUGCCGACCCCCAAGUGGAGGAGGAAGGCACGUCUAAGGUGCAGGAGCUCGAGGCGCUGGAGUCUUCCGCCCCGGCUCAUUACACUUCCGUCUUUCUCAAGGACUUUCUGCCGGUCGUGCCGCACCCCUACGAGCCCCCAGGGCCAUUCUCCAGUCUCGACACGGUCCCCCAGGACGCCUCGAAGCCCAAUGGGGUCCAGCUGCGAAGGGCAGAAAACAACACAGCGAAGCCUUUCUCGCGCACUGAGAUUCGCCUGCCUGGUGCCCUGGCCUUGGGCCGCCGACCGGAGAGAACCCCAGGAGUCCAAGUGCACGGUCUUUGCAGAGAGAACCGGGACGCCCAGGCCCAGCGCCUCGUCCCCGACAGCGAGGGUCGGACCAGCCCUCCAGGCGGCGCUCUCACUUCGCCCCAGCGGUCCCCUAUAGAACCAGCGGAGACCCACCCUCUUCGGUCGCUCCGCCCCAGCUCCCCUCAGGCACACCCCAGUUCGAGCCCAGGGAUAUCCCCCAGAUUGAUGACACCCCCUGCGGCCCACGAGCCCGCGGCUGCCGUCCAGCCGCCUCUCCCGCGGGAGACACAGGGGUUGGCCGGCAGGACAGCCCCUGCCCAGCCUCGCGCUGCCUCAGCGCCCCCCAUGAACCGGCCCCUGGAAAGCCCCUCCCAGGGGGCGCGCAGGCCGCCCGGGACCGCGCAUCUGGGGAGGGUCCUGGUGGACCCCGAGAGCGGCCGCUACUACUAUGUGGAGGUGCCUCGGCAUCCUAGGCUGCGGCUGCUCUUUGACCCUGAGAGUGGGCAGUACGUGGAGGUGUUGCUGCCACCUUCGCCCCCGGGCCCGGCACGCCGCGUCUACACCCCGCUGGCCCUGGGGUCCAGCCUCUACCCACCUGCCUAUGGGCCCAUCACUGGCCUCUCAUUACCAUCGUCCCCAGGCCUGCCAGCCCUCAGCAGCCCCCAACUGCCCUGGGCCUCUGAGGCGGCGCCACUAGACGGGAUGUACUAUCUGCCAGUGAGUGGGACCCCCAGCCCUGUAUCUCCUCUGCUCCUCUGUGCCCCACCCUCCAGCUCCAGUCCUGCCCAGCAGGGCAAGGACUCUUUGUUCCCGGUGUGAGGCCCGGUGGCCUGAUCCCCAUGACGUUGGGGCCCGCUGACGGCCUUGGAGGCUCUGGCAUCCAAUCCCCUGCCCUCCUCUCCUUCCAUCACCUCUGUCCUUGACCCAUCCCAGCCAGUCUUCAGACCUGAAGUUUCCUUCAGAGAAUGCCUGAGACCCGGGGCUGGUGGAGCUAGAGUUCAGAGAGUGGCUGCCUCUACCAACAAAAAAGUAUAUCCCUUUCCUAAGCAUCAUUCCCAGGGUGGUGGUGGUGUGUGUGUGUGUGUGUGCGUGCGUGCAAACACAAAUAUAUAAAAGCAUGGAGUCCCAGGGCUUGUCCUCAGGAGCAGGCCUGGGAGGUGUUGGGGUUUCCCAGGGGGCAGCAGGGAAUGGGAGCAGGAGGGGACAGGGCUGCCCCCAGAAGUAGUGAACUGUCUGUCCCUCCCUGAAUGUAGACCCACCUGAGGUGGAGCAAGCCAACAGGCGCUGGUGGGAUGGAGGGGAAGGACUUUGCUAUCAAAUCUGGUAUUCUUUGGAAGAGGAUCUGAGCCUUGGCCUGGAAAGCCCUGGCCAGGCUGGGUCUGAGAAAGGGAGCUGCAUGGGGCAGCAGAUGAAGGUGGAGCAGGGAAGUCAUGUGGAGAGGGGUUAUGGAGGGUCAGCCUAGGAUUUGGGGGGCGUUGGGGAUGAGGUAGGUUGAGGUUGCUGUACUCCAGCCUCUUACUCAGCUUCUUCAAACCCUCAAAGCUGAGCUGACUCAUCCUGAGGCCAGGGAUGGGGAGCUUUAGCCAUUCCCACCCAGGCACUGAGUAGGGAAGGAAUGAGUCCUCAGGAGGGACUUAAAGCAGGAAGGAUAUAUUGGGCUGUUGAUCCCUCUGAGUGGGGUGGAAGGUGGGCUAGGGCUGGCAGUAGAAGGGAGCAAGAUGGGAAGAAUCUGCAUGAGACCGGGAGUGGGAAGUGGUCUGCGAGGAGAUUCUGUGAGUAAUUCUGAGCUGAGAAGGGCUGAGCCUUGCUGGCUAGCGUGUGAUGUGAUGAGUUUUGUGAGGGACAGUUCUCAUUAGAAGCAGUGUCAGGGAUGAGGAUGCCUCCCUAAACCCCAGGCCUCUUCAGGGGGUGGGGGCUGGGUCCCUUGGAGUCCCUAACCCCCUGCCCUGGACUGGAAGCUGACUGGGAGAACUACGGGUCAGAAUGACCUAGACAUCUCCCCUUGGCCAGAGACACUGGCAAGGAGGCCCUUCGAUACCCCUGUGCCCCUUACCUCACUUUGUGUGUGUAAUAAAAUCCUAGCCAUUGCAUAUGAUGGCCGAAACAACUGAUGUAAAGUGCCUGUUUCCUGCUGUUGUCUCUUAAC